AUGGCUCCGUCCUCUACCACCGUCGUCAUCUCGGGCGUCCGCCACCUCGAUAGUUCGGAGAAGGCAAUGGCCGACGAUCUUCUGCGAGCUCUUCGACACCACAAUUGUCCCAAGCCUUACGAUGCAAGGCUCUUCCCGGAGGAGAACACCUGCGAGCUCAUCCUCCAGAAGAUGUCAAAGGCCGCCUACGAAAACAUCCCCAUCAGCGACACCCAGCGUUGGUCUUUCUGGGCCAUGGUCUUUGCAAACGGAUGGGAUACCGCCAGCCCCAACCCGCGUCCCGCUAGCCUUGGCGCCCGGACUCUCGCCGAAGCUGCCUACUUCGUUGGCAAGAUUAUUCGCGACGCUCCUUCCAUUGAUAUCGAUGACAUGGCCAUGAAAGAGCACUUCAUCGGCGACCAGGACCAGCCCAUUGCCGGAACCUUCGAGGGCAGCGACGAGUACAUCAUCCCCAAGGGCCAGAAGGUCACCAAGAAGGACGACGACAAGGCCGGCACCACUGACAACGAUGACGAGACCGACACCGAAGCCACCGACACGGUUCCUGAUCAUCGCCGCGCCGGCCAGCCUUCUGCCAUCAAGCCGUUCUUGGACUGGCCGGAUGACGGCGUCUGGUACUUCUGGGUCGAUAGAGAGGGUGGCCACCUUGAGCCUGCCGAUGUGGCUCUGGUUCGCGACAUGGACCUGGAGGACGUCAAGGACAAGGUCCGGGAGCACUAUGACAAGAACGAGAUCAGGCGUGUUGGAGACUGGAACAGGGACAUGGUGAUCUGGAUGGUUCGUGAGCGCCUUAUUUCCGCUGCCAAGUCGAAGAGCGCUGGAAAGAAGUUCAAUGUCAAGGUGCACGCCAGGAAGGAGAACUUGGAUGAUCUCCAGCAGAUUCGCACCUGCCUGGCCGAGGUCGAGGAUGAGUCUCGCCCUGCUCUGAACGUCCGUCUCUCGGCCUACAACGUCAAGCACGGCUUGCCUUCCCUCCCUACUAUGCCCUCCUGCGCCUGA